GUCGUGUUAAAAUCCUCUGACCCCCUACUAUUGUUAUCCAGUCUUAGAUGAUCAGUCAAUCAACCCCGAUGACAACUUAUUGUGGUGAAGAGGUGUAUUACCGCUGGAGCAGGACUCAGCGUGCUGUACAAGUGCACAGAUGAGCAGUCCGAGAGCGGAGCAGCGGCAACACUGUUGGAACUGGAAUACAGGCAGUCACCUCCACUCCACGCGGCAGCAACAGCCUCUCUCUCUCUCGCUCUUGCGCUCUCUCUCUCUCUCUGCCUGCCUUUUUUCCCCUCUGUUCUUUCUGGAGUUGAGAUCUUGUUCGUCAGAGCGCAGGAAGAGGAACGUGAGUGGAACAGGACUCGGAAGCUGCUAUCCAAACAUCCCAAGCGCAGACCUGGCUGCCCACAUGCCGAUCGAAUUUGUUUGCAAAAUCAAAUUUGCAGAGGAGGAUGAGAAACAAAAAGGCAACCAGGAUGGGGACAAGGAGAGCCUGAUCGAGGAGAGCUGCAGUCCCCCAGCCAAGGACCUGGCCGGCUUUGCCAAUACCUGCUCGCUCCAUGGGAUUAACCAUAUCUUUGUCUCGGGCCGGCUGGGCGUCAGACAGACCCUCUGGGCUCUAGCCUUCCUGGUGUCCCUGGCUCUCUUUCUGUACCAGGCGGCAAAGUGUGCCAUCUCCUACCUGGAGCAUCCUCACGUCACGGCACUCAAUGAGGAGGCCGCCCCCGAGAUGGUGUUCCCUGCCGUGACCAUCUGCAACAUCAACCGUUUCCGAUUUUCCGCCCUCACCGACGCCGACAUCUACCACCUCGCCAACCUGACCGGCUUGCCCCCCAAAAAUAAGGACGGCCACAAGCCGACAGAUUUGGAGUAUCCCGCGCCAGACAUGCAGGACAUCUUCAACCGGACGGGUCACCAGUUGGACGAGAUGUUGAAGAGCUGCAAUUUCAGUGGACAGAACUGCUCGGCUGAAGACUUUUCGGUGGUUUACACAAGGUACGGAAAAUGUUAUACUUUCAAUGGGAACAAAACAACGUCCAGAAAGACGAAACAAGGAGGGAUGGGAAAUGGAUUGGAGAUUAUGCUGGAUAUCCAACAGGAUGAAUAUCUGCCCAUCUGGAAGGAGACAAAUGAAACGUCUUUAGAAGCAGGAAUACGUGUUCAGAUCCACAGUCAGGAUGAGCCACCGUACAUCCAUCAGCUGGGCUUUGGAGUUUCUCCGGGAUUUCAGACUUUUGUUUCCUGCCAGGAGCAAAGGUUGACCUACCUGCCCCAGCCUUGGGGGAACUGCCGUUCCACCAACGAGCAGAUGAUCCCAGGUUAUGAUACCUACAGUAUCAGUGCCUGCCGCCUGCGCUGCGAGACUCUGGAGGUUCUGCGUGAGUGCAAGUGCAGGAUGGUGCACAUGCCGGGAGAUGCCGAUAUCUGUACUCCCAGCAAAAUCAAAUGUGUGGACAAAGCACUUGCGCUCUUACAGAAAAGUUCAGGUGACACCUGUUCCUGUGAAACUCCCUGUAACCUGACACGUUAUGGCAAAGAGCUUUCCAUGGUUAAAAUCCCCAGCAGGGGCUCUGCUCGCUACCUAUCCAGAAAAUACGACAAGUCAGAAGACUACAUCAGAGACAACUUCCUUGUUUUGGACAUAUUCUUUGAAGCUCUAAAUUAUGAAACAAUAGAACAGAAAAAAGCAUAUGACGUUGCAGGAUUAUUAGGGGACAUUGGUGGGCAGAUGGGUCUUUUUAUAGGGGCUAGUGUUCUUACCAUCUUGGAGAUUCUGGACUACGUAUAUGAGAUGAUUAAACACAGACUGGAGCGUUCUCUCAGGCCGCAGCGAGAAGAGAAGAAACACACCCAACAGCAACAACAGGCCACCACAGUCGCCACAGUAAACCUAGAGGAAAUGAAAUCUAAGGAAGCAUCUGACUCUCAUUGUUCCUGUCAGGAUUCCGGAGAGAUGAGUCGGAGUCACUCAGAGGGAGCUUACGCGAACACAGUCCUCCCAAAUCACCAUCAUCACCACCGUACCCAUCACAGAGUGUUUGAAGACUUUGCCUGCUAGGAAUCUGUCCGGCGGGUCUAGUGCUGUUGACAACUACAGAAAGAGUCUCUCAGUGCUGAGUUUGGGCUCAGUGAUAGACCCUCAAAUCUCAGUGCUGAUCUCUAUUGCUGUCAUCAGUUAAAGCUACAGCCAAAGUCGACCUCUUAACCUUUGCUUCUGACUGAACGCAGAUACUGAUUGGACACCCCAUUGCGGUCCAGCAAGAAGACCCAUCUGACACCCCUUCCUCUACCCCUCCUCUCACCGGCAGUCACUGGCAAAUCUCAGAUUUCUACACAGAAUACUUUGAUACCGGGCAUCUAAAAUAUCAUCAAGUUACAGACUGCAUGACAUCUAGAUGUCUACUUUAUCAUUCAGAUCCUGUUUGAAGCAUUAUAUUCUAUUUUGUCAACUGUUAGAGUUCUAUUCAGUGAAUUUUUCAUCUUGUGAAAUAUUACAAUUCAGAUAAAUCGACAACUGUAAAUGAUGUAUUUGAAUCAUGACUAUCAACCCUUAGAAUCCAGAUGGUCCGAACAAUAGCUUUACUCUGGAAUACUCAUAAAGUAAAUCAUGAGAAAGGUGUAGAAUAGUGUGUGUCAGAAAAGUUAACUAUAUCCAAUUAUUAUUGGGUAGGUCUGGUAAAUGUUUUCUUUAUCUCAAAUGAUUUACGAUUCAUUUAACUUAAGUAUAUUGCAUAGUCCACUAAUUUUGUAAUGUUAUUUAUAGAGAUGUAAUGUGUGAGUGGUAAUGGGUAUCAUUAGCAGCAACAACAUAAUCUUUUGUAAGGUUACUUCCUGUUGGAGAGCAGAAUGUGUACAGUACAGCCCAGCAAGCCCAGAUGACAUUGUGGUAACCAUAUGGAAAUGUUAAUUUCAAACAUCGGUUGAUGGAUUCACUUCCCCAGACCUCCCGAAAGUAUUUAAUAAAACAGACCGUAUGUUCCUGGUUUCACUUAUGAAUGAGACAGGUUCAACGGUCCCACAGAGAAUGAUAAAGUGUGUUUGCUCAGCAGACUUUCAAACUAUGAGUAAUCUCAUUCUACACAAUAUAUGGUGGCUGUUUGAAAGGUGGUUGAUGGGGUUUUCUCUGUAUUCUUAGCUGUGAGGUCUAGCAGUAAGCAGUAAGUGUGAAAAGCAUUUUGUUUAGAAGCCAGCGUCUUUUAUGGUGUGAUAUUAAACAAGCGUUAAUACAAAUUUCCAUUUUAGCUUCAGGUAUAAAAAUAAUGUCAACUAAUUCCAGAAAUGCGUUUGUGGUUUCCAAAUAUGGCUAAUAUUACCCCGAGUCAACUGUGUAGCACCCCUCAAUUCUUUGCAUGGUCACAGCAACCAUUACAAACAUUUACAAUGGUUGCCCAUUUUGUUUUGUUUUUUAAGAAAAGAAGCAAAGCCUGGAGUGAAAAAAUACUUUUUAAUCAAUUCUGGAAAUGUUAUGUUUGUCUGAUUCAUGUUUGAAUAUGUUGAAUAUGUUGAUAUAAGUUAAUAGAUGUUCUAAAGUAUAUUUAGGAUUUUAUGAUUUAAAGCAAGAAUCAGUAAUAUAUACAUAUACAUGUAAAUUCCUUUAUUACUCAAAGUGCAAAAUCAGUUUCUCCUAUACUUGAACCCUUUCCCAUAUUAAAUGAUGUAUUCCACAAGAUUUAUAAGUCGCAGUGACACAUAUAGAUACAUAUCUGCUAUAGAUUAGUUUCUUUCUUGGUUAGAUACAAUCAGCAAGAAAGCUUUUGGAUAUUGAUGUCCAUACAUUUUCAGAAUGCAUCUCAUUUUUGUAUACCAAAACCAUGCACAAAGUCCAUCCAUAUAAAAGUAAUCAUGGCUAAUAUGGGCUUUUAAUAUUCAUAAAACUGUAUCACAGUGACAUUUUUAAAGGUUCCCCCUCCAAGUCUUGAUGGCACCCCGAGCCAGUUAUGCAUAAUAAUACAGUUUACUGUCAUAAAUAACUCUGCUCUCAGCAGUGAAUGCAGAAUAGCUGACAUACCAGUGCAUGUCGGUGGAACAAAUCACUAAGAUUUGAUUUGGCAUUAUCUGUCAACCUCACGCACUCGUGCAGUUGUGUAUUUCUGCACUUGCGGCCUAUCUCUAGUGCGCAGCAGGAAUUCCUCCGAAUGUUAAAAUGCAAACAAGCAUCUGCACAACUCACGUGUCCUGAAGAAGAAGCUGACUAUCUUUAAAACUCCCUGGGAUUAGUAUAAAAAACUGUGUUUUUCAAAAAAAUACUUGACAGUUGUUUUGUCAUUUCGGGGAAGACCUACAUCAAAGAGAAUGUGGAUGUUUGUCUGUAAAAUUGCUGACAAAGAGCUCGGUUAUGAAGGUUUGGCUUUUAGAAUAAUUAAUUGCUGUUAAAAUUAAUAUUCAACAUUCUGAUAUUAUUUAUUCCUCACAACCUGGUUAGGUCCUUUAAAUGCCGUUCAGCUCUAUAUGUGUAUUUCUAAAACCGUUACGCAGCUUUAACUUAAACUAUUCUAGUGCUAUUCAUUUCCACUCGAUUUUGGCGGCCGAAACACCAUUUAAGCUACACGUGGGGGGCAAAAAAUGAGGCGGCGAAGCAGCAUAUAGCGUAAACAGACUGUUGAGAUUUCCACACGAUUAAAGGCAUCAGGACUAAUCAGGCUAAUUACCCAUUACACUCCAGAGCCUAAUGGACUGUGCACAAGACUACAGAGAACAUAUAAUACAGUUUGUACAAAGGUCUGCUGUUAUGACCGUGUUUUCCGUUAGGACACA